GUGAUUACUUUAAUGUUUCUCCCGGAGCAGUAUCUCAGACGGAUCUUGUAGAGGGGUUGUCAUAAUUUCUUUAGAUAUUGUCUAGACGUGAUUUAACAAAAAUAACGAAGUUGUAUCUAAGUAAUUUUUAUAUGGUAGUGUGGGAAACUGUGUGCUAAUAAUAUAUAUUUUUUUUAUGUUUAUUAGCUAUGUUGUAAUCGUUUUUUUGUUUCCCGAAAUCCACAGGGUGUACUGUGCGGUAGGAACAACAUUUCCCUUGCUCCGCUAUGUUGCUACGUGUACACCCGCUAGCCGGCCACCUAGAAGUGAAUAGCCAGCGUCAAGACAAAGCUUUGCUAAUAUAAUGCGAAUAUUGCCACGAUAGUUCACGAGCAUUUGAAAUACGGGUGAUGUGAUAUUUCGGGAUAGAAUAAGACCAAAAAAUAUGAGGGGUCCAUCAAAAUCCGACUGCAAAGGAGAGAGUCUGGAAAAAUGCAGCUCGAUACUAUAAUCCUCAUGGCAACGAAAGCAUUCUCGGUUUCAUGAAUAGCUCAUGUCAAUAUUUGGGCAAUAGCAAUACUGCAUUUUUGUGCAAUCUUCAAAACGGUUGUCAUUUGCUAACUUUGAAAAUGAUGUAUUCAUCAAGAAGAAAACCGGUCCUCUAUUUCAAAGAAGACAGAAGACAUUUCCAAAAAGUACCUCGCCCAGAAGACGUUAAUAGAUUCUGGUCCGGUAAAUGCACAGUGUACAAACUCUUCGGCCUGUGUAUGGUCCUGGUGCUGGUCUCGCUUCUGUGGCUCCAGCUCAGCUGUACGGGUGAUGUCCGGCUGAUAGACGACGGCGGUCUCCCUCGCCAGCCCUGUCCACCGGAGAGACAGGCGUCCGCUGCCGAAGACCCUUCCUGGGGUCCUCACAAGCUGGCCCUCCUGAUACCUUUCAGAGAGAGGUUCGAGGAACUGCUGGUGUUUGUCCCCUUCAUGCACUCCUUCCUGAACAGGAAGAAAAUUCUGCAUGAGAUAUUAGUGAUCAACCAGGUCGAUCACUAUCGCUUUAACAGAGCCUCUCUCAUCAACGUGGGCUACAUGGAGAGCGGAAACGACACAGAUUACAUCGCCAUGCACGAUGUCGACCUGUUACCUCAGAAUGAGGCGCUGGACUAUGGCUUUCCCCAGGAGGGGCCUUUCCACGUGGCCUCGCCAGAGCUGCACCCCCUCUACCACUACAAAACAUAUGUGGGAGGAAUCCUGCUGCUCACCAAACAGCAUUACCACAUGUGCAACGGUAUGUCCAACCGGUUCUGGGGAUGGGGAAGAGAAGACGACGAGUUCUACAGAAGACUUCGAGCGGCUGGAUUGCAGCUUUUCCGGCCCAAUGGAAUAAAGACAGGGUAUAAAACCUUUCACCACAUCCAUGACCCAGCCUGGAGGAAAAGAGACCAGAAGAGAGUAGCCGCCCAGAAACAGAAGGAACAAUUCAAAGUGGACCCUGAGGGCGGGCUGACUAACCUGCAGUACAAGGUGGAGUCGAGACAAAAGCUGACCAUCAGCGGAGCCCCCGUCACGGUCAUCAACACCCAACUGGAGUGCGACACUGAGAAGACUCCCUGGUGUCUCCUCAACUAACACGCCGCCGUUGUCGAACAAGAUCGAACCGUGCUGCCUCAUCUGGCUUCUGUUUAUUUUGAACCAAACGACAGGAAACAGACUAACUUAAGGAGGGACUCCCUGGAUUUGUUCAAUGAGAAAUGUUUGUUUUUGUGUGCCCUAAUGAAUCUGACCCUGGUGCUUCAGCGGUGCAGUUUCCGCUGCUUGCUGUGCCAGUCCAACGAGGGGAAAAAAGAGGAAUGGUCAAACAACUGCUCCAGAACACAUGGCUGCCAUAUUCUGGCCGGCCCAGAGAGAAAGAGCUUUUGGAUCCAGCAGCGCCUUCCCUCGUCGGAGAGAUGGAAUGUAUUUAUAUUAAACUAUCUUUAUUUUAUUUUUUUGAACCGCUACAUAGCUGCCUGACUUGCAUUCAGAACUGUGAGUGAAUGGAUCUCAUGCGGACCAAAACUUCAGGGGUUAAACUACAGAUACUUUUCCAAUAUUGACGAUACAUGAAAGACAAGGGUAAUACUCAAAAUAAUAAGCAAUGGCCUUUGUAUAUCUAGGGUCCCUGUGACCAGUCGGCACUUUUCAGGAAUCCCUUCCCUGUACUUUAGAUGUAGUUCGCUAUACUGUCUGUCUGUGUAACAAGCAGAGUUAAUUUCCUAUGAAAGUGUUUUCUUUCUGACAAUGUAAUGCACUGGAUUGGCAUGCCAUGUCCAUGUCUCACAACAUUGUACUCUCAUUGUGUAUCUAUUGUGACCCAUCAUGUGCUCAACUAGCCGUGAGUUGAGGAUCAGAGCUCCAUUUCGGCCAAUUAACGGUCAAUCAGCUUUAAACUUGCGCUGUAGAAUGUUUUACGAAAGACUAGACAUUAUUAAAGGAUGUUUGGGUAAAUUAUGGUGUAUUUUUGGCAAAGCCCAAGUGUAUGUUACAACAGUUUGGAGUUUGGCCAUUUACCACAAUGUAUUUUUGGAAUGACUAGGUACCAUUAAUGUAUUUGUACGAUAUUCAGUAUUUAUAUAAAGAUCUGACUAAAGA